AUGUUCGAGUCUUUCCAGAGCAAGGGUAUGCCAUACGAUGCUGACAUGUUUAGCCACGGCAACACUGUCCAGGGUUGCGGCCAUGCCAUGAGGACGACAUGCCAAGGAUACCGUGCGACCGCUGCAGACUACGUGACGAAGGACCAGCAACGGCCCAAUGUCAAAAUCAGAUGCGAUGUCACUGUGGAUAAGGUUGUUACCGUCAAGGGAACCGAUAGGCUUCUCGAAGCCAACGGAGUCGAGUACGUUGAUGCGAAUGGGAACAGGUUCUCGGUGAACGCCUCCAGGAAAGUCAUCGUUACUGCCGGCACUUAUUGUAGUCCUGCAGUGCUUAUGCGAUCGGGUAUCGGACCGAAGGCUGAGCUCGAAGCACUCGAUAUUCCCGUACAACUCGACUUGCCUGGCGUUGGUGAGAAUCUGCAAGAUCACCAGCUUAUGUGGACAUACUACGAGAGCAGCGACCCAACUCUGACCGACGACGCCCGCAUAAACCACGAUCCAGACGCGUACAACACUGCCCAUAAGGAAUGGACGGAGAGCAAGAGUGGAUUCAUGGCAGUAUUCCCAUUCGGUGCUUUCGGCUUUGCGAGACUCUCAGAGCGCCUCGACAAGGAGAACAGCCCUGCCAGUGAGGAAUGGCGCAGCUUCCCGCGCGAGGAAGGUCGUGAUCCAAUGAGCUUGACCGCAAACCAGCCUAAUUUGGAAUUCUUCAACACUGUCGGCUACGGAGGUCCUCCAGAAUACACCGACUUCCCCAAAGAGGGCCAACAUGCUUUCGGGAUGUGCUGUUUCCUGUGCGGUCUCAAAGGCCGUGGAAAAGGGACCAUUAAGACAAAGGAUCCAAUCACACCUCCAUUCGUGAACCCAAGAUAUCUCGAAGACAGACGUGAUCUCCUCAUGAUGACCGAGGGCGUACGAUUCGCGAACGAGAUCGUCAUGGAGGGUGCGGGUACCAAGAAUGUUGUCAAAGGCGCCUGGCCACCUGGAGCUAAGCAUCAUCUGAACAAGAUUAACGAGGACUGGCAACCAUUUGUCCGAGAACGAUGUUCAACAUCUUAUCACCCGGGAGGUACCGCCAAACUGAGCAAGCGUGAUCACGAAGAACUUGCGGGUGGCAGACUGCUCGAUUAUGCCCACGUUGAACUCAGGACAUACUCAAAUGCCAGCAUAUGGGAUUGCUGA